AUGAAGCAUAAUGCAAUAUACGUGUACCAAGGGCGUAUGCAAAAAGAUAUGCACGUACAAAAUAAAUUCACCCGAGUCGAAGGAAGGCAAUUCGGAAACGAAGAAUUCGAAGAAAUUGCCAAAACAGAUGCUGAUGCGCCCGAAGUUAAUGACGACGCGGAUGAUAUAGGUAAACCCCAAGUGGAGUUAGGCGAAAAUGGAAGUUCCAAUCAAGUAGAGGAAGAACCAAGUGAGUGCUUCUCAAAUGAUCUGUACGAUGAGGAACAUGUAAUGGUGGGACAGGGAGAGGUGGAGAACGACGUUAGAGUGGGAGGUGACUCUCGAGUGGAUGGUGACGCUCCAGCGGAUGGGAACGUUCGUGUGGAAGCUCCCUGCACAGUGGAUUCCCAAAAGUGCAGCGUCAAAAAAAAAGAGAAAAAAAAAAGUGGCAGAAAUAACUUCGCUGAGGAGACCAAAAAAACGAUUCAAAAGGAGAAGAAGAAAAUAGAAAAGGGGAAUAAAAAAAAGAGGAAACAUAUGGAGAAGGGGAAAAAUGACGAACUGAGGGAGUUUGUCGUGAAACUGGCAGAUAUGGACGAGGAGGAGGAGGAAGAAGAGAUGGGAGAUGAGAUGGGAGACGAGAUGGGAGACGAGAUGGGAGACGAGAUGGGAGAUGAUAUGGGAGAUGAGAUGGGAGACGAGAUGGAAGAUGAUGAGGAGGGGGAAGAAGAAGCUGAAGAAGCGUCGAGAGAAAAAGUGCUAGACGAUGUGUCAGACGAUGCGUCAGACGAAGCUUCCGGUGAGGAGGCGAAUGAACCAGAAGAAGGGGAGACGGACGAAGAGGGAAAAGAUAAGGAGGAGGAAUCUCCGAAAGGGGUAAGCAUUGAAAGGGCCAAAGAGGGAGACGAGGGGGAUGACGCAGAUGGUGGUGAAGUGGAUGGUGAAGCGGAUGGUGGUGACGCAGAUGGUGACGCAGAUGAAGAAGGAGAAGAAGACGGAGAAGAAGACGGAGAAGAAGUGGAAGGGAACGAAAAGGACGACGAAGAAGGAGAAAAGGAAGAGGAGGGCCAAAGGAGCAAGGAGAAGUUUGAUGAGGAGGAUGCAACUCCGCGGAAGGGCAGUGACGAUGAAGAGAGAGGGAGUGCGGCUAGAGAAAAUGCCACAGAUGAGGAGGAGGACCUAGCGGAGAACGAGACGAAUAAGAGUAGCUUGAACAAAAAUCAGAAAAGCGACAACGAAAGUGUGACCAGUGAAUGCAGCGAUAUUAAGAAGAACGACCGUUUGUUUGCAUCCAUGAAUGACUACAACUCACCCAACAAGCUCUUCAGCGAGCACGUGGGGAAGCUGAACAUUUUUGGAAAUGUAAAUAUCGACAUUGAGAAAUUGAGGCAGCGACUGAACAAAAACAAAACCGUCAUGGAGGAGAAGAAGGAAGUGAAGAUCUCGGAGACAGAGAGUCCUUUCGAGAAUGAGCAAGUGCUGUACUCCGAAAGCAGCAUUAAGAUAAGCAAGUUUAUAAAAAAAAAUGAAAAAUAUGAUUGGUCAGGAUAUUUGCCAGUGAAAAUUCAGAUCAUGAAGAAUGUAGAGAAUAAAAAAUUUCGAAUUCUUUGUUUUCAAAAAGGGACAGGGAGACUCUUUUUAAAUACAGAUAUUUUUGAGGGUUUCAAAAUAAUUCCCUCCAAGAGUACCUCUGCUUUGUUUAGUGGGCGAGACAUAUGUGAUGAGAAGAAACUGAACCAGUACAUUGUGACCUUCAUGAGCAACACCUCAAGGGAUGAAUUCGUCAAGCAGAUAAAAAGCAUCACGAGUGGGUGA